AUGGGGAAUUCCGGGCAGGGCUCGUGGCUGCCGGCACCGCAUGCGAGUGGCUUGCUGGCAAAUGCUGCAGACGCAAACCGACAACUUGUGUUGCCCUUGUUGGAGUACCGAGUACGGAGUCGAUACGUCCCCAGUCGGCCAGGGCCAGACGGCGGUGCCAGAUGGGCAGAUGGCAGAGGCCCAGAGCAACACGCCCCCGGCCGCGAUGCGCAACCAGGGCCUCAGAGGGCACUCGCUCCCUUCCCUUUCCCGAGAUCUGAGGGUUGGAAACACGGUGCGGCCGUCGACAAAAACCAGGGCCCCUACUUGGGCACAACAAGUGCUCCGAGGGCCGUGUCUAGCUCAUCUGCCACUUCUGCCACUACACUACUCCACCUUGCACCCGCUCGCCCAUCCUUGGAUCACUCUCCCUCUACACUAUCCCCUCCGACUAGUCUGCCUGCCUUGGCAGCCCGCCUUCCCAAAACCACCCUCUCCCUCUCCCACUCCCUCUCCCCUCCGCUCUCGUCUUCCUUCCCGCUCACUGUUACUCCUGUUACUCCCGCAUCAGCCUGCCGCACAUCUGCCACGAGCCAGGACCAGCACCACCAGCACCACCAGCACGGCCAACAACACCAUCGUCGUCCUCGCCGUCUUACCCAAGCCCAUUGUCGCUCAGACUCACCACUGUUGUGUCAGCUGCCGUCCGUGGGCCCAUCUGCUGCCGUCCCAUCGUCUCAUCCAGUAGCACACCACACCCUCCUCGACUUCAGCCAGUGUGGCCCGCUGUACAGCCUUUACCCACUGCUCUUUUCGGUCCUUCACAGACCGCACACCAUCUUGGUCACCAUGGUGAACCACCGCCGCGGCCCAUGGUCGCAGCACGAAGACCGCAUUCUCAUCGACCUGGUUCAGCGAAAAGGCCCUCACAACUGGGUGCGCAUCUCCAAUGAGAUCGGCUCCCGGACGCCCAAGCAGUGUCGCGAGCGCUACCAUCAGAACCUCAAACCCAACCUCAACCACAACCCCAUCACUCAGGAAGAAGGCGAGAUCAUCGAGCAGCUAGUCCUGGAGAUUGGAAAGAAAUGGGCCGAGAUCGCAAGAAGAUUGCCUGGCCGCAGCGACAACGCAGUCAAGAACUGGUGGAACGGAGGUGUGCACAGGCGACGAAGAAACACGGAGCGACAGGCACAGCGGCACAUGCAACAACCAUCGCACGCAUCGCAUCCAUCGCACUCACAUCAACCCUAUCCGUACCUGUCGCCUUCCCAUCACCAACUCGAGCAGCCGCAGCCUCUCCACGCCUACCCCGCUCCGCCGCACCACAACCCACACCCGGCCCACCCUACUCAGUCGCUACCUCCUAUCCGCGGUUAUGGCGAGUCCUCGGUAUAUGGCGAAUCUCGUCGUCCGUCACUCAACCUGCCUCCUGAUUCUCCUCGCUCCCUGAAGCUCGCACACCCCCACGGCCUCGAGGCUUUCCCGGGAUCAAGACCAUCACCCCUCCAACUCGCUCCUCUGCAGCCUUUCACUUCUUCUUCACGGGCGCGGGUGUAUGAGACCCCUAUGCCGUCUCCUGGCUAUUCCAUCGCCUCCGUGGACGCACCUUCACUCAUCACCGACACGGGCUCCGAGACUCGAUCGCCCCGUGCAGCCUUGUCGCCUUCCCAGCAUCCAGCACACUACGACCCUUACAGGAGACGGUCGUCUGUGCAGCUACCCCCCAUCAGUCGAAUGGACCGUUCGAGUUUUGCGACUGACCGCCCCUCUGCACCUGUCCGCCGCCUCGCUUCACCUUGGUCUCCAGCACCCCUCGAGAAUCAGCGGCCCUUGCCUGCCUAUCAGACUCUCAGCCUUCCUCCUCUACAGCCAGUCUCGCCGGCACUACCCAGUCCCACUUCGAUGCAGUUGCCUCCGCCAGGGAUUGCUGGCCACUCGAGGAGUGCGCCGGCGUCUCCUCGAACAGAGGCCGCCCGCGACCGGAGAAUGAACAUCAACAACCUCCUGUAG